CGCGCCUACAGUGGCGGAAUCGAACGUCCCCAUGCGCACACGGCGCACACGAGACGACGGACGGGAGAUAACGGUUUCCUUUUUAGCCCCUUUCUCCACUCAGACAACAAGAACACAACCACACCAGUAUUGUUUUUUUUAGGGGAACUUACACAGUCUUUCGCUCUCAAAGGAGGAGGGAAGCGAGGGAUUGUAGCAGGAAGUUUUUUUUUUUCUUCUUCUUUUUUUUGUCCUCCUCUCUUUCUCUCAAAAAGAGGAUUCCGUGUUUUUUGGCGGUGAAGGUUCGUUCUCCGCUCUCACCGCAAACAUGAUGGUCGGAGAGGUCGAAGUGAAGGAGCGACCGAGGCCGAGUCCCGACUAUUUGAUGCAAUUGUUAAACGAGAAGAAGCUCAUGACGAGCUUGCCGAACCUCUGCGGCAUCUUCACGCACUUGGAGAGGCUUCUGGACGAGGAGAUCAACAGAGUGCGUAAAGAUAUGUACAGCGAUUCAGUGAAUGGCCUUGUGGAAAGACACCCGCUGGAGCUGCCUGAACCCCUGGGCCCCAUCGUUCACCUCCAGGAAAAACUGUUUGUGCCUGUGAAAGAGUACCCAGAUUAUAACUUUGUGGGGAGAAUUCUUGGUCCCCGGGGUCUCACUGCCAAACAGUUGGAAGCAGAAACGGGAUGCAAAAUCAUGGUGCGAGGAAAAAGCUCAAUGAGAGACAAGAAGAAGGAGGAGCAGAACAGAGGGAAACCUAACUGGGAACACCUAAAUGAAGACCUUCAUGUCCUUAUUACAGUGGAAGACACCCAGACCAGAGCUGAGAUCAAGAUGAAAAGAGCAGUGGAGGAGGUCAAGAAACUCCUCGUACCUGCUGCGGAGGGUGAAGACAAUUUAAAGAAGAUGCAGCUGAUGGAGUUGGCUAUAUUAAAUGGGACAUACAGAGACAACAAUGUCAAAACACCCACCCUUGCUUUCUCUCUUGCAGCGGCGGCAGCAGCCGCUCAGGGCCACCGCCUCAUAGCGGCCCCCAAUGGUCAGGUGUUGCCUCCCCAGGCACUCCGACCCCCAACUCCAGCUGGGGCCCCCAUCAUGAACCUCAUCCGGCCUACUCAGAUGGCUGCCAUGCUGCCCAAUGGCACCCCCACCCUGGUGCCUCCCACACCGGAUGGCGGGCUAAUCUACACCACCCCUUAUGAGUACCCUUACGCCUUGGCACCCACCUCCCUGCUGGAGUACCCCAUCGAGCACAGUGGGGUUCUAGGUAAGAGAGCCUGGGGAAGCAUGGGAGCAGGUACAGCGGCCGGCUUUGGCCAACCUGGACAGGAGGGCAGCUUGUUUUACCACGGAGCUGGGGUGCUGGAGGCACCUUCCAUGAGCCACAGUCAGGACUUGUUGAAAGGUGCAAUGGCUACUAAAGUGAGACGGCAUGACACGCGGGUCCAUCCUUACCAAAGGAUUGUGACCGCUGACAGAGCCGCCACCGGCAACUAACACAUGACCUUCUGACCUCUGAACUCUUCACCCAAUGACGAGCCGCCCCAAGCCUGCCUGCUGAUCAGUUAACUGGUAAUUGCCUUUUGCUAGCCUCUCGGACGCAAGUGAGAGAGAGAGAGAGCGAGAGAGAGCGAGAGAGAGAGAGGCGCCUGCCCGUACAGUUACCCUAACACGUUCUGACAAAAAAAUAGAAACCAACGCAGAAUCUUCACUGAAAAACACAACAAAAACCCAACAAAAGUUGUGUAUUCAUAUUUUUUUCUCCCUCUGUUCAUUGAGUUCAAUUCCCAUCCUUUCUUUCUUUUUCUUCAUGAAUCACGUACUGGGUGGAUGUGUUUGUGGUAUUAUUCAUGAAUCUGCACUGAAUUAUAAAGCAAUAACGACCCCACCCUGCCUACCAACCCCUCCUAUAAUUACUCUGAUUUGGUGACCUCACUUGUUUUAGUCAAAAGUUGAACAUCGACAGUGUGUGACGUAAACCGUUUGGUUUGUAAGAACAUAGUCACCCUUAAACGACCCUCAACCCCGCCCCCUCGAAACCUAUUAAUGAGAGCGCCUACCUGCUCCCACAACCUUUAAACACCCACCCUACCGCAAGAGAAAAAGAAAUGGAAGGAAAGAGAACAUGCACUCACAUUAACGUGUUUAAUUUCUGUCAUUUUUCACAUGUAUUUCAGUUGUUGAGCUCUAUGUUGUAAUUAUGAGCUGACACAUUCUGGGUGUGCCCUUCUAAACGGCUUCCUGUCUGUUUUUAAAAAAGCAUGGCUGAAAUGAUUGCAGAUGGAGCUUUUUAUGAUUUAUGUGUUGUUUUUUUUUCUCCUGUCUUGUUUUAAUGCUUUUUCUUUUUGAGUCAUUUUCUUCACUUAAAUUAGGUUCUUCUGUUCAUAUUUGACUAAUUAGCUUUGCUUAAGUAGACUAGCUAAAACGAAGCAGAUGCUUAUCUCUUAAACUCGGAACACGAUCUAACAUUUGAGACGAGGUGCAGAAGCGUAGCCGUUACGAAAGGCGAGAUGGGGAGGUCACUAUUGGGGUGGUCGGGUUUGCGUGUGCGCGUGUGUGUGUUUUAAUUAAUACUACAUUGAAAGUAGGGUGUGCUGAGGCUUUGGGGACAUUUGGGCAGGGCUUACUAGCUACUGACCGCCGCUACGCCCCCAUCCACACUACAUCCACUAUACAGUGCCUGAUGUAUUAAGAAUAAUAUCUCAAUGAGUUAGCCGAGCUGUGAUCACAUAGACGGAAAAAAACCAACAAAAAAAGACAAAGUUAAAAAGAGAAAAAAAAAGUAUUGUGUGCAUAUUUAGCCAAAGGGUUUUCCAGUGAAUUAUAUAUCUGCAAUUAUGCAUCUGUCUCACAGAGGGCUCUCUUUGGGAUUUUUGGAGCUUGGAAGGGUGUGAACUUUUGUUGCCUGACUUCAGCUGGAACAGCCAGCCAGUCAAUUGGAUGAUUUUUGAUGCAUUACUGGUCAGUUUUUAUUUUUUUUAUUUUUAUUUUUUCCCUCCCUGGGAUGAAUACAGGCAUUUAACACUAAAUUAACAUGCAAUUCAAUUGCAGAACAUUAUUAACAGGAAGGACACUUUGAAGUUUUGUGCAUAAAUAAUUCUAUCAUUAUACCUCUCCUCUAUAUUGAGCUCUCUGAUCAAUGUCAUUGACAAGCAAAUGUUUAUUAUUUUUUCAUUUUUUUCCAUUUUAUUGUUGUUUUUAAUUUUUGAACUUUGGUCCUUUUUUAUGCAUAAUUUUGUAUAACAUGGGGCACUAGGUCAAUGCCUAAGCCUUCCUGCAUAUUAGACACUGUUUGUUUUGAUUUUAAUUAUUUUACUAAUGAAAUUUACACAUGCCAAACCAUCCAAAAGUGCAUCCACAAUGUGUCACACCUCCCUCUGAUCGUAGUCUAGGUUCUGAGCCCACAGUCCUUUGUUCAACUCUCUCAAGAAAAAUAGGAUGUGAAAGCCAUGCCUGCCUGUUCAAAUUGCUUUAUACAUACGUCAAUAUAUAUACGUAUAUAUACAUAUAUACAUAUAUAUGUGUGCAUAUAUAUAUAUAUAUAUAUAUAUAUAUAUAUAUAUAUAUAUAUAUAUAUAUAUAUAUAUAUAAAAAUGUAGAUACCUGUCAUUGCAUAUACAAAUAAAUACAGAAGAGAACAAAAAAGAUAAUUUUACAGGGUGCUGGAGAUGAAAACAAUUGAAAAAUCUAUUUUUGGCAAUUUUAGCUUUUGAUACUUUACUUGCAGUUAUAAAAUAAAAAAAAUAAUAAUAAAAAAAAAGUUUCAAACAGUAUAGAAGGAGAAUAGUAAAACUGAGUGGGUGAGGAAAAAGUGCUGUUACCUUGAAUAUGAUCUGGAAGGAAGACGAAGACCAAAACCGUCGUGACCCCUGGAAAGCUGACGAGAUCAGAGCGAGACAGACGCCUGAAAGGAUCAAAUCAAAGUGCCUUAUCAACAGUGGUUUCUGUUUCCUAGUAUUCCAGUAGUGUUCAGUAAUAUCCAGCACCCACCAAGAUGGCGCAGAGAGGAAUGGCUAGUGUUACAUGCUCUGAAUAGUCGAGCAGGGUAGCUCCCACCGUAUCGUGGUGUUACCGCAGUUAUUCUAUGCAAAAAGAAUAGCAGUCGUUUUGACCAGCUAAAAUAUGUGCCAUGGUUUUGUCUUCCUGAAAAGAUUUGGUUUUUAUUUUAUUUUACUUUACUGACGGCCCUUUACUCUGCUGUAUAAGGCAGGUUUUUGUGUUUUUAUUUAGAUUUUAUCAUAUGAAAUAUUGUCUUGAUUUCUUUCUCCUUUUUUUGGUGACUGUGACUAACUUCCUUGAACAAAUUGAACUGCCAAUAGCAACCAAGUAGUCUGCCAGACCUUGUUUUGAUCCUGAGCUGAGAAAAAUACAUAACAUUCAAGGAAAUGAAAUAGGAAAGCGGGGUAUCCCCUCCGGUGGCGAUGCGCCCGUUUGUUUCAACAGUUGAAAACUAAAACCAUCCAGUCCAUGUUUCUGCGUGUCAAUUUGAGAGCAAACCAUCAAUACAGCAAUGAGAUUUCUAAUGGACAAAUGGAGCGUUGGGUAAUGAAACAAGCAUCUGUUUCACAGCCAAAUAGUUUUCAGUUAUUGAAACAACUAACACUUCAUUGCUUGAAGGUCAAAUGAUAUUAGAUUGAGGAAUUCUUAGAUCCAAUAUAACCCUUGGCUCUAUUCAUAGCUCUUUCAUCAUGCUGUUACACCGAAAGGUCAAUGAAAUGUUCUUUUUCAGUGUUAUUAUUUUAAAUUGAAAUGCAAUAUUAAAGUGGAGCAAGAUGGCAAUUCAGCAUUUGACAGUAUUAAGAAAAUUCCCUCUGCAAUGUUCCAACUUGCUAUGUCAUUGUAAAAGGCUGGAUAAGUCCAUCAGGUGAAAGGUUGACUAUACCUACCGUAUUCUCUCUGGCCUGCCUACUACAUGUAUGAUAAUGUAAUUAAUAGCCAUUGUUACAGGUUUAUAAUGUAUUUUUCUAAUCUCAUUUUAUAUGUAUAUUAAUCAUGUUUCUGAGUGUUUUUUUUUCUUUUUUUUUUUUUUAAAUGAAACCAACUGCAACCCCCCACCGCCCCUCUAAACAGCCCUCUCUUCCUCCCCCUCCCACCUCUUCUACAUCUCAAACUGUCUCUUGUGGGGAGUGUUGCCUUUUUCCCUGUUAUAUUUUGUUUUCUUGCCAAUUCCCAGCUUGUUUAACUCAUUAGCUACUUUAUUAGUUUUUCUUGUCAUAAGUAUUUUUACAUGCUUGCAUUUAGUUUUCAUGGUGUAUGCUGUUAUUUUUCUUAUUAACCUCUUGGCAUUUAUUUUAAUAAAACAUUCUUAGUACGAAUUUUACUAACUUGCUGAUAUUUUGUCUUGUGUUUUUAACCAGUUUCAUGAAUGUAUUACCUUGGUCUGGUUCACGGACUAACACGAUUAAAACCCAGUGUUUUUUGCCACGACUUCCACUGACUGACGAGCACAUGACACCAACACGCGCACAAAUCCACUGUGCUUACACACACACACAACCUAACUGGAACCUGCACGAGUUGAUAAAACGUCCCUCACUUCCGCUCAGGCACUCUCUGCUGACACUCAUCCUCGCUGCGCUGCUGUGUUUGGGCGUCUCCCUUCGAGACAACUCCUCUGAGUUAUCGCGUCCUCCCGUCACUGACCCCCCGCGAGACGGCGUGGCGUUUGAGGCGUAUAAACCGCACGUUGCUUCAGGUCACUUGAUAUCUUCCGAGCCAGCUGUUCUCUCUUGAACGAGGCUGAUUAAAAGGGAGAUUUGAUUGUGCACGGGUUAUUCUCUAAGUCAAAAACCCCUAAUCCCUAAAGAUAAAACGCCAUUACCCAUAAACAGCCUUUUCUUUACUUAUUUAUUUUUUUUACUAACCAUUAGUUUGUGCAGCACUAAUCACAAUCUGUGCAAAAAAUACUGCACAUCAGUCAUCUCAAAAGGAUUAAUUUUACUGUGAAUAUGUAGAGCAGAACAUCUCAUCAGUACACAUAAAUGCAGGGAGUUAUUUACAACUGGCACUCAAGGCAGAUUUAUAGAUGACAGUUGUUUGAACAUCUAAAGCGGUGCCUUUUUUCCCUUCAUUGUAUCCCUGGCUUAUUAUGCCUGAAUAGCUGUACAACAGUUAUCCGCAGCUUUUAUCUGCUCAGCGAACCCCUCUCCCGAUUCACUUUAUUGACGUAACCGCUAAUACUGGGCCAUUUGGGAACGUCUAUAAUGCUUAGACACACACCAGUGCACCAUGCCAAUACGAAGUGCCUUGGGAUCAAAACAAUCUUACUGUUUCGUUCUGUGUAAAAGCUGAUAUGGCCACUGCUUAUUGUUAUUUCGGGGAGUCUUUUUCUUUUUCUGCCUGAACUGCUGCCAAUCAGUGUUACCCGUCUCUGGGUUCGUCCAGCUUUCCUCCUUCCAUUAAUUCAAGGUGUUGACGCACAAGCAGAAGAUUAACUUAAUUAAUCCUGAUUAUUACUUUAACCCUCUGAGCAACGAGUCCAGAUUUGUGUUUUUUUUCCCUCCUUUUUUAAAAAAAAAUGCACAAAAAAACAAGUGUUGCAAUAUUUAAAUGUCUCAACAUGCACAGAACAAAGAUUAAAAGUGUCUAACAUCUAAUUUAACACCUCUAUUCUCUCUAAAAUUAUCAUUGCCUUUGAUCUGAAGGCUGACUAUUUUUAGUUUUUGUUGUUUUAACCUCAAAACAACUGCUUUUACGCAGCAAACGGGCACAGGCUGGAUUGCAGGCACUCAAAUUGCCCCCCCUUUUUUUUAUAUAUAUUUAGUGUGAGGCCUUUUUAUUCAUCUGGGAUCGGCCUCUAAUGUUUUUCAUUGGCUGCUCUGCGGGAUAAUGUAGCUUGGCCAGCCAUCCGGAUUCUUUUUCAUCUUUAAUAAAGAGAUUCAAUCUGGCUCGUCUGGAUUCAACUUGAUUUCGAGGGGGUGGUACCAACAGCUUGCAGAUUAAAAAAAAAAAAAAAAACCACCUCUUCAUGCCAUUAGAUCGGUGUACAAACUAUCAAUGACACAAAAAGCAUGUGACAUCAGCGGGGUGACAUCCAAAGUAGUGCAUUAGGGUAGGCCUGUUUUGCAGUGAAAACCUUAAUAAGACUUGUGAUUGGUUCGGUAUGUUCUGUAUCAGACCAAAUGAAAUGGCUGUGAGCAAGUAUUGUUGCAAAGUGAAUGCUUAUGGCUGGCCGGGUUAACCGUCGUGAGCAGCUUUAUCUGAAAUCCAUCCAUUACUGGCCGAUACAGUCACGCUGCCAUGUAAAGGUGUGAGAUCGUCAGUGGCACCAAGUUAUUUCCUGAAGCACAAACCACUGCCUAAAAUGUUGCAGCUGUAAGUAGAACAUUUGUUUUUCUGUGAGAUUGGGAGAUUCAGUUUAUAAAUAUAAAUAUAUAUAUAUAUAUAAAUAUAUUUUUACUUUUAUCACUCAAGUGCCAAUUUUCCAUCUCCCUUUUAUCUCACCAAAAGCUAAUUAUGGAGCACAACACUUUUUUUUAAAUUAUAAUUAUUGUUUUUUAAGUGCAUAUUUUUUUUUAAUUUGGAACGUUUUGACCAAGAAAUUGGUCAAUGUUGUUUCCCGUCAUAAAACUCUUGACGGGUCCUGUUUUUGAUUGGAUCCACUGAGAACUUAACGUUUCUCUCUGACUGGACCACAGUUUUUAUACCGCUGCCGUCUCCGGCAGCGCUCUCGUGCCUUUCCUAAUCUGUCGCAGGGCAUUCAGCAUAUUUAUCUACUAACUGCCUUUUCACCUAUUAAUCUUUGACCUUUUUUUUUUUCUUUCCUUCUCCUGUUUAACAAACAUUCCUCCAAUGAGUUAAACGGCGGGUUAAUCAGUCAGUAUUUGUCUCAGAUGUAGUACUCAGGUGGUUGGUAAAUGGUAAAAGCUACCAAAAUAAGGAAUGAGAAAAUGUUAACCCCACUGGAUUUUUGUUUUUUCUUUGACAGUGAUGAAUAUGCAGUUAAAAAUACAAUAAAAUUUUCCUAAAACUAUAUCAAUAUGACUAUAUACUGUAAGUUCAUCAUUCAUAUAGUGGUGCACUAAUAUCUGUGAGAUUUCUUCUUUUUUUGUGGAGUUGUAAGUUUUCAUGUGAAGUAGUCUUUAUUUCGUUUUGUGUUGCCAUGUUUUUAUGGAGGAUUAGACUUUUGAUUAGGGUGUCAAACAUGUAAUGCCAGUUUUUGUUGCUCACGCCAAAAACAAGAACAAAUGUUAAGUGUGCAAUAAAGAACCAUAUUUACAAGCUUC